AUGGAGAACGAUGCACAUAAUGAAGGACCCCGACGACGGGAUCGUAUAAUGGGGAAGCUAUUCGGUAGUAGCAGCGUGGCUAGGGACAAGAAAUUAACCAACGAAGAGAGUGCGAACGAGAUAUCCGACUUUCUUGGUCACUCAGACCGACUUACCGUCGCUCACCCUGUUCCUCAGCCACCGCCAACUGCUGCUAGGGGUCCACCAGCUCUAGCUCUUGAUACGUCCAAAGCUAGUCGCUUCCCCCAGACUCUGGGCGCCGAGGAGUCUCAGCAGUGGGCGAGAGCAUAUACCUCGUCCCGACCGAAGAAAGCUGGAAAGGGACUUUCUGUUCGGUUCGCCGAUACUUACCCCGAGAUCAUUGGCGAAGGCGGCGACGAGUGCGAGACUAUCGUAGCCGAGAUCGGUAGGAGGAAGAGAUCUAAAUCUGCACCACUCCCGGCGCCGAUCCCACCCACAAAAGAAGGUCACGAAUAUGCUAGGCAAGUUGGGGCAUUUCAAGAGGUACAAAAGGAGGAUGAGUUUAUACCUGGCCCUAUACGUCGGACCCAGACGGGCUUCUCCACCAUCUCAGAUUUCCGAUCGGACGCGCCUGCGUCUGCCUCUAUUUCUAAUCCCGAACCGCCUAAGCCUCGUACCGUCCCGGCAGGUGAUGCCUCCCGGUCCCGCUUCUUAGGCAUUAGCAGUCAGAAGGACGAAAACCGCCGCUCGUUUAUCGAGAUUCACCAGCAGGAGCAGCGGAAGGCUGAAGGGAUGGCGUUUGCAGAAGCAAUGAGGUCUGCUAGCGCCAACUCUCACCACCAAUGGGACGAUCAGAAUUCAUCCCCCGAGCCGGUACGGGAUACGCCACCGCGCCUCAAGUCGAUUCCCGUACCAACCAUGCAGGAACCGACACCGCCUCCGGAGAGAUCCAUGUCCCACCGAGAACAUUCUUCCGUGUCACCUUCGCUACAAGAUUCCAUCUCCUCGGUAUUGAGAACCCAGUCCACAAGGUCUCCCUUACGGCCAUCGCCUAUACCACAAACGCAAGUGAACACUGCAUCGCCUGCGCCCCCUUACCACGAAUCACCACAAGCCUCAAACUCGUCUUUGCCUCCCCUGCCUAGUCACGAUGCACUACCAAACUUCGACAUGGUACAGACUAUGCCGCAACGACCCGUAUCACCAGACGAAGUACGCGUCAAAACGGCUCAUACUGGUGACAGCCCCACAUCUAUGUAUUCCAACUCCGCCCAAUCGACUCCCGAUGUCUCUCACAAAGCGACACCGAUUACGCGGAAUCCUUCGCGCGGAUUACCACCUUCGCCAGAGAAGACCGCCCGUAAACUCCAAGAAGUGGUAGUUUCGGCCGAUGUCGAUGCGCUGGACCUGUUUAUAGUUCGCACGAAGCACUUGUAUGAGUUGUUCCGUCUCCACGCCGAGCAAAAGAGGCCUCUAGGUACCUCCCACCCUGAAGAUAUGUGCCGAGCAGCUCUGUGGUGGUUCUUGAAAGGGAGAACAGCUCUGGAGACGAUUAUUAGAAGUCGUCCAGCUAACCCCGACGAGCCACGCCUUCUCAUGGCCAGAUAUCAGGCCUAUACGGAUUUAGCAAAGGGAUAUUGGCUAUUGGAACAAGCCCUUCCCGAGAUUGCGGAUGGCAAGUAUAGUCCCGUAGAUGGCGAAUUGGGCGAAGUUAGGCAUGUUUUAAAAUCUAACUUGAGAAAACUAUCUGGGUCUAUGAAACGAAAUGGUUUUCUACCACCCGAAGAGCCUUUCCUCCCGCAGACAAUGGACAAGUCUAUCUGGGUAGAAUACCCAGCCGUGAGCCAAGAUAUAGUUGCCCUUCUCAAUGGAAUUUGGGGUUCAGUUGUUACCGCUGUAACUCAGCCAACUCGAUCUAUGGAGGCGCUGGAAGCUCUCCCGAUUGGCGAUACCACUAAGUAUUUUAAUUUUGGCCGUGUGAUGACCAACGUAUACUUUAUGGAACAGGGUAUAGACUCGAGACAGGCAUGUUUCCCCUGCAUGUUGACGGUUGUCCGAUCGCAGAACGACCCGAAUCUAAACUUCGUUAUUGCUAGUCAAAACGGUUCUGUUUCGUUGCGCAUACAGUCGGACAAGAAUUCGGGUCUAACGUGGCAAGAUGUUAGAUGGAGACCAGACCCUCACGAGAUACAUAUCAAAUUGCCCCGAGGGUUCAUGCUCAUUGUCGAAUGCUCGCAGCAGGAUUACCGAAUGCUAUGGAGCAUGUACGACUUCAGCUCCAAAGUCCAAUCUUACCUAUAUCCGCGAAAGGACGAGGUCAUGAAGCAUAGCACCGUCCUCCGUGGCUUUCACUAUUUCGAUGCUAAUCCUCAAGGAAGGACGUUCCCUAAGGAAUCUGUAGGACAAUGUUCUAUAGGGUUAUUCGAGAAAAUCCUAAAGGAGAAUAGUCCGACUGGGCCCAGAACCUUCCACCGAGGGUUUCGACUUGCCGUAGUCACCGGUCCCAGGAUAAGGACGCUGAGCGGAGUAACUCAUUUGUUCCCGCCGCAGCUCCCGAUCCAGUUCGCCAUGUUACGGGGUGAGCAGCGAGCACCUGUCCUCCAACUGGAAUUCAAUGACGGGAAGGACAAAGGCCGGAUGGUUUUGACGUUCAACGAAGACCAGGAGCGCGAGAAGGUAUUGAAAAUGAUUACGGGAACGUUUGUUAACCAGGACGAAGAGGUUAUCGCGGAAGUUCCUUUGGAGGGUAUGAACAUGGCGGAAACGGUUAGCGACACAAAAGGAGGGCUUCCGGCCAUCCAGCGUCUUCCUUGGCAGCGUGCUCGUAUUAUCAACGAUAAAUACUCGGAAGUCCCGCCGACGGUAUUGGCGGAGAAGCUCAGAGUUGAGAUCGAAUCGUUGGGUAAAGACGGAGUUGGCGUGGUCAGCACCAUUACGGACCGAGUCAACGUUGCGCCAGGCGAGCUGAAGCUCAGGCUGGGUACCAAGGACAUUCUAACAUUACAGGUUCUACGGCAGGCACAGGUUGAUAUGACGGUUUCCAUACUAGAGACGCUCGUACCUCGGGAAUCGCAUCGCGAAUUCCAAGGGUUGCAAAAUACCAUCCAACGUGGGCCAACUGUGCGUACCUACAGGUUUCCGAGCUUCCGGGACUUGCAUGCAUUCCAAGCGGGAUUAACGGGAUACUCGGUGCUAUUUGACGGUAUCGCUACAAGCCUGAACAUCUCGCGACGAAGGAUGGUGGUACCCAUUCAUAAGAAAUGGGAGGCUGGUACUACGCGAGUCCAAGUGGUGCAGCAAGAAAAAACGGUUCAACUACUAGCCUUUUUUGAAGAUUGGCACCACGGGCAGUGCAUGGGAUUCAUACUGAAGGGAACGGACAUAUUCGAAUCGUUCAACCGAAAUGGGAAAGCGGGCUUGAAGCUAGCUGACGCCAAGUUCCCGUUGCCGAAGAUUCCGCACGAAGGCGGUGAUAAGACGGAUGAUAUGGCGUUCCUAUGUCUGGAUAUGCCUGAUUUUGCCGGCGAACACGAUGACAUUACAAUAAUAUUCGAGGAUAGUUUUGAGAGGGAUAGGCUUUGUUCUGUUCUACCAGCGCCAGUCAAAGGGUCGCGUCUUAGUAGGGGGAAAUGA